CUGCACAAGUCACGGAAGUAGGCGGAUGAGUCUCUGUAUUUUCUUGUAAUUGAGUACUAAAUUUAUUCAUCAUCAUGAUCAUGGAAGCUCUGUACCUUGUUUGGUCUCUGACGUUACUGAUCAACUGCAACUUUUGUUGCUGCGAAAGACUUGAACCGGGAAUUUUUAACAUUACUUUGAACAUGUUGAAUGAGGCGAAUCGUUUUGGUGUUGUUACCAAAAACCUGGCGAAUGAAACUGAUAUAGCCAUCACAGUAGUUGAUUGUGUUGGUGAAGGAAAGUACACGAUAGAGUGGAUAGUUGGCUACACAGAAUGCAACGUACUGCACUUUGCAAAUGAAACACAGUACCUUGAAAGACUCUUUGAUAGUGGUGGAAAUUUUGAGAUAACUAAUGAGGAGGACUACAUUCUUGUGCAGAGGAGCAACGCAUCCAACGAAAUGGACUGCCAACAUGAUCUGCAAUAUCUGCAGGAUGAAUCGGGCCCUGAUAGCUUUACUUGCUACCCCAAGAAUGAUGUUGAACAUUGUAAAUUCCAAGGGGGAUCACCAACACUCAAAACAAAACCGAAUACACAACUCACGAAACCACUGCUCAAGAGAUCUCCGGAUGAAUUGACCUCUGAACCCCCAACCGAAACACCGACGGAGCUACCAAACGGCAGAGUAACAAGGAUCCCUCAACCUGGCCGUUACUGGGUUGUCGUACGCCUCACACCACGUCCGCUGCUUCCCACCAAGCUGCAAGUUACUCUCACCAUAAACAUGAGAAACCCAAGUGGCUACUUGUCUGCCUUCCAAGCUCCACUACUUCCUUUCUAUGCUGUGAUGUGUGGUUUCUACUCUGUCCUUCUGAUCAUCUGGCUUGUCCUCUUGUCACUUCAAUGGCAGAACUUGUUGGGGAUUCAGUUCUGGAUUGGUGGGGUCAUGCUUCUUGGCCUGCUGGUGAUGGCCAUAUCUUGUGCCUUGUUCAAGACUGUCGACGAUUACGGUGUGGCCAUGCCGGGAGCUGCCGUAGUGGCUGAGCUCAUCUCCUGCUCCAAGCGUUCUGUGGCUAGAAUGCUCACUCUCAGCGUCAGUCUGGGACACGGAGUCACAAGGCAAGCUGGCAUUGCAGAACUAUAAUGGGUGCUUUCCCUCUAUCCAGAAAAAUCUGUGUUGAACCUACAGUCCCAGCCAAAAUGGUUGGGACACUUCCUGAGCC